CUUGAUUUACUUCUAAAAGAGAUAUUCAUGAAGAUUUAAAAAUAAAAGAGAAUAGAAGUGACGAUGAAGGGCAUAAUUUUAUUUCUGAUAACUGCAGUUGGAGUUUGUCAUAGCCAAGAUAUACCAGAGGAACCAGAUGUCGAGAUUUUUAAUGAUGACAACUUUGAGGGGCCAAAAACUGCUGCCCUGGUGGAUGGAGAAAAUGCGGAUCGAGGAGAGCAUCCUUGGCAUGUUGGGUUAGUAAGAGAAGAGUCUAAAACUGGGUUUCUUGGCUGGGUACGUCAUCUUGGAGGAUUAAUCAGAACAACGACAUAUUGUGGAGCUUCAUUGGUUAGCACAAGAUGGUUGGUUACUGCAGCGCAUUGUAUAAGGGAAGACGACAGACCAGUUGAUCUCAGAGUUGUAAUGGGUAGCAGCAAGCGAGCCCGAUACUUUUACUACUUUUUCCAGACUGACAGCAUAGAUCAGAUCAGAGUUCAUCCAGACUAUGACACGGGAAGUCAUAAUUAUGAUAUUGCCCUCCUUCGACUUAAGAAACUUCCAGAGCUCGUACCAGGUGAACUAUGGCCUGUAUGCCUCCCCUCUGUUCCUGUGGAGAGCUAUGAAGGGCAAAAAGCGACUGUAAUUGGCUGGGGUAGAACAGAAGGAAAGGAUGGAAUUUCGGCCAGACAUCUUCAAGAAUUAGAUGUAGAAAUCAUCAGUCAAGAGACCUGCCAGACACAGUGGGGAUACGGGAAGGGAAGAGUAGAGAUCGGAGGCCCUAAAAUGUGCUUCCGUUCAUCUGGAGCAUCAUGUCAUGGUGAUUCAGGAGGAGGAAUGUUUGUCAAAAAGAUGGACAGUCUUGAGUUGGUCGGAGUAUGUUCUUAUGGUUUAGCAGAUUGUCAGAACUGGGCCCCUGAAGUGUACACUAAGGUGAGCUUCGUUAUUGAUUGGAUAAAGAAGACGAUUAGAGAAACAGAUCUUGAUGAUCUCAACAUGCCUCAGUGCGGGAAGACGACAAUUAAUGCCACUAAUAGAAGACGGAGGGCAGAUCCAGUGUUUGAUUGGGUUUAUAAAUAUGCAAAGGACUAUGUUGGAAACUCAUUUGCUUAUUAGAAGUGUUGUCAAUUUCAUAUUUUAAAGCUUUUAUGCAUUUUUUACAUUUUUUUCGGAUGAAGUGUAAAAAAAA